UUGGCAAGUAAAGGCACAUACGAGUGUGGAUUCACCACUGGGUCAGUCAGGCAGACAGCCAAGGCACAACUGAAUGUGGCACUCCUGCCUGAUGUGAUCACCUUGACGAUCAACCCUCUUGCCGCAGAUUGUUCAGGAUGGCCGAACACAAAGACUCAACCUAUAAAGGUCACUGCCACCAUCGCAAACAGCACAGAGAGCUUUGUUGUUUGGUGGAACGACAAGGGUGGAAUAAAAAACUAUCUAAAUAACCAAACUGAUGGAGGUAACCUGGUCUAUGAUUUUAACGCUGACGUCAGUUGCCAGAAAAUCCCCGAAGCACAAUAUGUAAAUGUCACUUUUCAGAACACAAUAGGACAAACAAGAACUGCACAAGUGAAUAUCCCAGUAAUUUAUGCGGGUGCACCGUUUUGCAACGAAGAGUCGAUAAAUCAAGAGGUUUGGCCAAAAACCCCAGGCGGUGCCACAGUGAUUAAUCGAACAUGUGAAGUGGGCAGGGUUGGCUAUAAGUCACGCACUUGUAAAGACACUACCUGGACACCAGUGAGCUCCUACUGCGUCAGCGAACAGUUGAACAAAGUUGUAGAUGCUGCAGACAACUUCGUGAAGGGACUAGGGGCUACCCAGGACGUGGCCGUGGUUAUAUUUGGAGGACUUAAGAACAGCUCUAUUGCUCUAUUGGCUUCUGGUUCCAAUAACUCUAUUGCUGACAUUAGAGCUUCCGUCAAUGUUCUUGAUGCAAUGUCCAGUGGAUCAGCAAAUGUUGCCUUGCAAGAUGAUCUCUUUCCUGAUAUUGUUAAUGCAGCAAGCAAUAUGUUGAACAAGACCUGGAAUGGAGCCAACAUUUCUGUUGUUCAGAACAUCUCAUCGACCUACCUUCAGUCUGUGGAGAGUCUGGUGAAGAAUAUCAAGGUCAACACGAGCAAUGGAGUGAAGAGUUCUAAUUUAGACCUCAAAUUCUGCUCUAGGAGUGACUGUAAUAUUUCUGUGUUUGACAUUAGCGUGAAUCUGAACAAGACCAACGGAAUAAUGAAAACUGUUGCUGUGAAAAAUCUAAUGGAUAAAUUAAGAAGCACCAUCGAAACAUCGGAGCCAACAAGCCUCUUAAUAUCAGCCACACUUGAGAACAACAGCGAUUCGUCUUUAGGAAUUCGACUGCAGUUCCCCCAGAAGCCGCUGACUUCCAAAACUAAACCUAACUGUGUCUUCUGGGACACCACAAAAAGCGACUGGUCGACUGUGGGAUGCACUGCCAAAACUAGUGAUGGUAACGGCACAGUCUGCGAAUGCAACCACCUGACUGCGUUCUCUGUCCUCAUGUCCAAGAGGGAUGUAUCUAAUCCAAUCCUAGAUAUGAUCACCAAUGUGGGCUUGGGUGUGUCCAUCUGCUCCUUGCUGAUCUUCCUCAUCGUUGAAUAUCUAGUGUGGUCGGCUGUGGUCAAGACCAACCUUUCCCAUUUCCGUCACACAGCCAUAGUGAACAUUGCCAUUUUCCUCUUGCUCGGUGACUGCAGUUUCUUGGCUUCCACCUCUCCUCAGAGUCUGAGCGAAACCUGGUGCCUAGUUUUGACAAUAUGCAAGCACCUGUUUUUCUUGGCCAUGUUCAGCUGGAUGCUGUGCAUGAGCGUCAUGCUCGUCCACCAGCUCAUCUUCGUCUUCAGCCCGCUGAGGAAAAGAGUCUUCAUGUUCUUCUCCAGCAUCGUGGGAUACGUUUGCCCAUUGUUAAUAGUGGGAUCCAGCUAUGUGUAUUGCAAAUACACCAACAAGCCCUACAAUGAUGAUAAAUGCUGGCUAGUUUAUGUGAGACUUUUGGAGGGUUCCGUGCAUGCUUUCUUCCUACCUAUUGGAACUGUUAUUUUGACAAAUCUCUUUUCCAUGGUGGUCGUCAUUCUUACGCUCUUGAAUUCCUCGGCCCCUGAAGGCAGCAAGACAGAUGACAGGGAGACAGCCAAAAGCAUCCUUAAAGUGGUGGUCUUCCUAACACCUGUCUUUGGAGUAACAUGGGUUUUUGGCUUCGGUCUGCUCCUACUGAUUGAGGACACAACCCUGUUUAUUAUUGCUAACUACAGUUUUACCAUCCUCAAUUCCUUCCAGGGCCUUUUCCUUUUGAUAACAGGGGUUUUUGCAGAGCAGAAGGUUCGCGAGGAAAUGUUUAAGAUCAUAACGGGAAAAUCAAACGGAAAAACUGAGAGCACUAAGAAUUUGAAUUCAACCACAUACACAAAAGACAAAUGAAGACCAAGAUUAUGGAGACGGAAACAUCAACUCAUAUGUACUGUAUGCAGCGCCACUUGUAGCCUACAACUCUUAAGAGUCAAUAUAUUCACUAGACCAGGGGUCGGCAACCAUAGGCCCGCGUGCCCCCAUUGGCAUGUAGUGGCUCAACCAAUGGCACCCUAGCAAUAAGUGCAAGAGAGUUUUUUGAAAAUGUCCCAAUGCCCAGGCCAAAUGAGCUCUUUCACAGCCAUUUACAAGAACACAGCCUGUUAUUUAAGGUAGUUUUUCCCAUCCGCAUUCAGUGACGACCCGCCCUACUCUGCCUCUGAUUGGCCAGUACUUUUUGACUUUUUCACAGAAUGCUGUGCAAUGGGAAAAAAAUAACACGGUGGCAGGCUUAAUGCAGAUAUGGCACACUGAUUAACAAGAACAUUUUAAAAUCGCAAUUCCUACUAAAAAGGUUGCUGAACCCUGUACUAGACAGUAACAAACGUAUAGAUGAAUAUCAUAAAACUAGGUUAAUUGUCAUAUAAAGUAAAUAGAACACUGAUCUUUUGAUCAUUUUUCUUGAUUUGGUAGAACUGACCAUUAUUAAUAGUAGUAGGACUAGCACUGAUGGUCAUCAUCCUAAGCCGAGGCUGACAAAGAUUAAACAUUAAGUCAAAUCCUGCAGGAGGAAGUUGUAUGUAAAUCUAACUAUGUUUUUUUUCUUAAUGAUAAGAUUAUUUAUGAUUUGCAUUAUAAGUGCCAUAGAAGUGACACACAAUACUGAACUGUUAUUUUAUAGCUUUAAAGAGAGGCUUUGGAUCCAUAGUGACUCAAACCACUUUUGCUAUUUUUCAACCUGGAUCCUAUUUUCCCAUGUAUUGAUGUGUAAGUAACUAAUGUGAACAAAAAUCUUUGAAAUUGGCCCAGUAUUGAGCGAGAAAGCUGUAACCGGCAGCAGCGAACCCGGCUGCUAAUACGCAUCCUCAAUUUCAGCCACUAAAAGUGCUGUUUAUAAUUCUAAGUAUGUGAAAACAUAAUGGAACUGAUCCCUACAGAGAUAGACAUUUUUGUUAAGGAGUAAAAUCCUUUUUGUUUAACCAGAAACAGCUCAGAAAUUGCAAACUUCAAAGAUUGUUGUGUCAUCAGUCACUCAGACACAAAAACAGGAAAAAAGGGUCCAGGUUGAAAAAAGACAAAGGGACCCUUUCAUUAUUUGUUGUGAAUUAUGUAAACCUAUAUUGAGUUGACUGUAUAAUAGAACAUAGAUUUGGGCUUGGUUUGAUAAUGUUGAUUGAAAUGAAAGUCUGUUAAUCUACACUAUUCCAAGUAAACUAUAACCUCUACUUUGUGUGUCUAA